UAUCUGGCAAACACGCGUUCCUAACGUUUGGCAUCGCGCAUCAGACAUUAAAAACGAUCCAAACUUUCUUGGUGUAUCACGUUUUUUCCUAGUUGCUUGAAGUUAGUGAUAUAUUCAUCAACGUAGAUAUUAGAUAUUUCAAACCAAAAUGAGCAAGGCCCAUCCACCAGAGUUGAAGAAGUACAUGGAUAAAAGAAUGUCUUUGAAACUGAAUGGUGGUAGGAACAUUGUUGGAAUCUUGAGAGGUUUUGAUCCAUUCAUGAACUUGGUCAUUGAUGAAACCGUUGAAGAAGUUAAAGAUGGUUCGAAAAAUAACAUAGGGAUGGUGGUUGUUCGUGGAAACUCAAUUAUAAUGUUGGAAGCACUGGAAAGAAUCAUGUAGCCUAACUGCUGAAAAAUAAAUGUCAUCCAAAUUGUAAA